AUGACUUCCGCUGGUCCCGUCACUGAGGGUCCGUGCCGUCUCCUAACCCACAAAGAAUAUGCCGUCGGGGAGGUUGAGUCCCUGAUAAAACCAACGGACAUGGAGCCCUGUGAUCAAGUAGGGACGGAGGAUUUAGGGGCGUCGGCCCUCUUUGAUCUCUCCAGGGCCUUGGUUCGUGUCAAAGCCCUCCGUGACCGUUGCGUGGCGAAGGAGGGGGUCGUCAGUCGAGUUCGCAGCCAUAACAAGAACUUGCUGAAUCAGCAGGCUCAGUAUAAGGAAGCCGUCCGUAUCCUGAACCAGGAGCUGCAGGAUGUUAAUACUAAACUGACGGCGGCCAGUGGCGAGAACGUCAAGCUCCAAGGAGAGGUGACGGCUCUGGAGGAGAGGCUACAGACGGCGGGGGCUGACGCGAUCAGGGACUUCAAAACGUCGCAGUCUUUCAUCGACUCAUGUGGUCAGUAUUAUGGCACUGGGUUUGAUGAUUGCCUUCGUCAGGUUGCGUCGGCCUUCCCGGAUCUGGACUUGUCUGGGAUUACAAUGGACGAUGGAGACGACGUCUCUCUUCAGCCCGAACCCACACCGGAGCAUGACGGCAGCGUCGUCUUGGCUCAGCCUGCCGCUAAUCCUACAGCUUCCGAUUCUCCUGCUGUUAUAGUGGACGUUGAAGACCGUCUUGCUGACGGUAAUCCUGCUGACGUUCCUGCUGCCUAAUUAUGGCUUUGUAGUUUGCUUCUUUUUUCUUUUUUCAUCUCUUCUGGAAAACAGUUGUAAUUUUUAGACAGUUUUAGUUUUAAACAGUUGUAAUUUUAAACAAUUGUAGUUUUAAACAAUUGUAAUGUUUAAG